CGUCUUCCUUGGUCGCCGAGAGGGCAUUGCUUCUGGAGUUGUCGUUCGGGGGAGGAGAUGAAGUACGUGUUGGUGACAGGGGGAGUGGUGAGCGGGCUGGGGAAAGGUGUGACCGCAAGCAGCAUCGGCGUCCUCCUCAAGGCGUGCGGACUCCGCGUCACCUCCAUAAAAAUCGAUCCUUAUCUGAAUACCGAUGCUGGGACUAUGUCUCCUUUUGAGCACGGUGAAGUCUUUGUCUUAGAUGAUGGUGGCGAGGUGGACUUGGAUCUAGGGAACUACGAACGCUUCCUUGAUAUAAAAUUAACUCGUGAUAACAAUAUAACUACCGGAAAAAUCUAUCAGUUUGUCAUCGACAAGGAGAGGAGGGGCGACUAUCUGGGGAAAACAGUCCAAGUUGUGCCACAUAUCACAGAUGCCAUACAAGAGUGGCUUGAACGUGUAGCAAUGAUACCUGUGGACGAUAAAGAAGGACCAGCUGAUGUCUGCGUCAUAGAAUUGGGUGGAACUAUAGGGGAUAUUGAAUCAAUGCCAUUUAUAGAAGCUUUGGGACAAUUUUCUUAUCGUGUAGGACCAGGGAAUUUCUGUCUGGUUCACGUUAGUCUUGUGCCGGUUCUUAAAGCUGUCGGCGAGCAGAAAACUAAGCCAACUCAACAUAGUGUUAGGGGACUACGAGGACUUGGGCUUACACCAAAUAUUUUAGCAUGCCGCUGCGAAAAGCCUUUGGAUGUGAAUGUUAAAGAAAAACUUUCACAAUUUUGCCAUGUUCCUGUAGCAAAUAUAGUGACGCUUCAUGACGUUGCAAACAUUUGGCACAUUCCUCUGAUGUUGAAGGAGCAAAAAGCACAUAAAGCGCUUCUCAAACUGUUGAAUCUUCGAGGAUGUGCCCAGGAGCCGAUGUUGCAAGAAUGGAUGGGUAGAGCAAAACUUUGUGAUACAUUGCAUGAUCCUGUCAGGAUUGCUAUGGUUGGAAAAUAUACUGGUCUUUCUGAUUCUUACCUAUCUGUAUUGAAGGCUCUUUUGCAUGCAUCUGUUGCUUGUCGAAGAAAACUCAUUGUAGAUUGGGUCCCUUCAUCUGAUCUUGAAGAAACUACUGCAUUAGAGGCACCUGAUUCUCAUCAAGCGGCAUGGGCGCUACUGAAGGUGAGUAAUUUUUUUGGUUGUUUUCAUAGAACAUUCUUCUCUCAAUUCGACAGUCUUCUAUCACAGGGUGCCGACGGCAUACUAGUUCCAGGAGGAUUUGGAGACAGAGGUGUGCAAGGAAAGAUCCUAGCUGCUAAAUAUGCCCGCGAAAACAAAGUUCCAUUUCUUGGUAUUUGUCUUGGCAUGCAGAUUGCUGUCAUUGAAUUUGCUCGUUCUGUCAUGAACUUGAAGGAGGCAAAUAGCACGGAAUUUGAUCCAAAUACAUCUACUCCUGUCGUCAUUUUUAUGCCGGAGGGCUCCAAGACUCACAUGGGAGGCACAAUGAGGCUUGGAUCAAGGAGGACUUAUUUCCAGAUUGCUGAUUGCAAAUCUGCAAAAUUGUACGGCAACGUUAGCUUUGUGGAUGAGCGACAUCGACACAGAUACGAGGUGAAUCCUAGUUUUGUCCAGGAAUUCGAAAAGGCCGGUCUUGCUUUCGUCGGUAAAGACGAGACGGGCCAACGCAUGGAGAUCAUCGAGCUGCCUUCACAUCCUUAUUUCCUUGGCGUUCAAUUUCAUCCAGAAUUCAAGUCAAGACCCUGGAAGCCCUCUGCUGUUUUCGUAGGACUUGUAGCAGCGUCAUGCGGCCAACUGGAGAACAAUCUCGACCCGCAUUCCCCGGCGAGCAACGGCAUCAUCAUUCCUAGAUUUUAUCCAAACGGCGGGAGGGUGAAGAAACCGGCCAAGAGCCUCCCCGGUGGGAAACUCCUCCAUGGUAAUGGAAUUGGAAAUGGGAAUGAAUGGCCGGCUGCAUGCCUAAUAACUACAACUACGAGUGAUGUUGUUUAGCCUAGUUAUUCUUCCAAAUGUCUUGUACAGUCAUCGGGACAAGAAGUGUGUUGCAAGGAUUGGAAAUUUCAGUAUUUCUUUCUUGUCUAAAGAGUGAGUGUUUAAAUUAGAAUGAUCAUGUCCGAAAAUCGAUGAGAUGAAUACUAAAGAUGUGAUACUUAUGUUGAUUUCC